GUGAGCGCGGAGGCCUCUGUACGCUUGCGCCGGCGUUGCCGGGCACCCGCCGGCAAAAGAACAACGUUGGCAAGGGGUGGGGGCCGCGGGGACUCCGGAAGGCCACCCUUUACCCGGAAAUGGUUGUACAGGAACAUGGCGUUGCUGGUGCGAGUCCUUAACCGGAUUAACAUUUCCCCAUGGGUUCCAGUAUGCAGCCGAUUGGUACCUAUGUCGUCUACACAGGGACAGUGGGGCAGGGCUCUGUCUGGUACUUUCCAGUGGCCUCAGAUGAGCCAGUCCCUGGAAUGUGGUGGAUCAGAACAGAUUCCUGGGAUAGAUGUUCAGUGGAGUAGGAAGUAUCACACCACAAGUAAGCUUUCUACUACCAAGGAUUCCCCACAGCCUGUUGAGGAGAAGGUCGGUGCCUUCACGAAGAUAAUAGAAGCUAUGGGAUUUACAGGACCUUUGAAAUACAGUAAAUGGAAGAUUAAGAUUGCAGCCCUGCGCAUGUAUACUAGCUGUGUGGAGAAAACUGACUUCGAGGAAUUCUUUCUAAGGUGUCAGAUGCCUGAUACAUUCAAUUCAUGGUUUCUUAUAACUCUACUUCACGUCUGGAUGUGUCUAGUCCGAAUGAAGCAGGAAGGCCGGAGUGGGAAAUACAUGUGUCGGAUCAUAGUUCAUUUUAUGUGGGAGGAUGUUGAGCAGCGUGGCAGAGUCAUGGGGGUUAAUUCUUAUAUCCUGAAGAAGAACAUGAUCCUUAUGACAAAUAAUUUCUAUGCAGCAAUCUUGGGAUAUGAUGAGGGGAUCCUUUCAGAUGACCAUGGGCUGGCUGCUGCACUCUGGAGGACCUUCUUCAACCAGAAAUGUGAAGACCCCCGGCAGCUUGAAUUGUUGGUGGAGUAUGUGAGGAAACAGAUGCAGUACUUGGACUCCAUGAAUGGGGAGGAUCUGCUGCUGACAGGGGAGGUGAGCUGGCGCCCUCUUGUGGAGAAGAAUCCUCAGAGCAUCCUGAGGCCUCAUUCCCCGAGUUAUAACGACGAGGGUCUCUGAUGGGCUGAUGUCUCUGCACAGCUGGCCAGCUGGCUUUGAGGAACUGCCAGGAGAGAGGUGCUUGUUUGGCUCAGAACCCUGCAGAAAGUGGCCUGAACUGACCUGUGAACAGCAUCUGUCAAAUACCUGGCCCCAUUUGCAUUGAUUUUCCUCUUAGUAUGCCCAGGAGUCUGACCUGGUGGGGUACAAUGCUGGGAAAACCCUUAGCUCUUCUGAGGUAUGUUCCCCCUCAGGAGAAGCCUGGAGUGAGAGCUCCCCAGCACACUCUUCUCUGGUCCCCUCCAGUAACGAUGUGAUUGACAGCUUUCCCCAAAGGCCGCAGAGGGAUGGGGAUAGGUUAGCAAGGGGACACUUCCACCAAGAGCCCACCGUGGCCAAGAGGCAGUUUGGCGUGCUGCUGAGUCAAGACGGGUAACCAUGCUCUGUCCUCCGGCUUUGAGCCAUGGGGUUGAGUUGGCCAUUAAAAGAAAGACUUAUCUCUGC